AUGGUCGAAGCUGAUACAGCUGAGCCGUUUGGACUGGAAGAAUACAACAACAUGGCAGAGCAAGAAACAAACAGAAGAGAGAUCAGCAAGCUGGCAAAGACUUUGAAACGAAUCACAUUACUCAUCACAGUGCAGGGCCUUGGGCCGGUGGUUGCAGAAGGUGCUGAGAUUGGAGAUUUGCAAUGUCCCAGCACGAGCAUCGAGGCGGUCGAGCGCUAUGAACACUUUGGAAUGUUGAUUACAAUUCUGACUUUGCUGGUCUUGUGGUUUCUUUUUGCAUACAUGGCAUGGUUUGCAUGGAGGAAAAUACAAAACAACUUGAGUAGGUACGGAGAGAAACUGGAAAAGGCGGAAUGGGAUUUGUACCAUUGCUGGAACCAAGUUGGAGAUGAGGAUAACUAUAUUGCCCAGCAAACUGCAAGAAUCGAUGGACUUCAAAACCAGUUCAUGAUGAUUGAUGGUCGCCUUACAGAAGCAAGCAAUGAGGAAAGAACCAAUCUUGUGGCUUACAACGCAGUGGGUGCAGGGCAGUAUCUGAAUCUUGUGAGACAGCGUGCGUACGUGGAAACUGGAGAAACAACAGAUGUUCAAAUGACUGCAAACCAGAACACAGAAGAAACAACUGAAAGCGAAGAUGGUACAGAUGACCAGGUCACAGCAGCGAGGCCUCUCCAAAAUCCCAACAUUACGGAUUUGAUGGAAGAAUUGAAAGUGGAGUUCAGGUUAGCUCUACCGAGAGAAGAACCACAGGAUGCAACGAGACUCCAGCACAUAAUGAUGCAGAUGCUGGAGAACAUCAGAAAUGGAGUGACAGAAACGAUGGUGGAAAAUUACAACAGAAGGAUUGCAGAUCUGCUCUUCCAAAUGUCAGAAACAGCAACGAAUCAGGGCAGACUGUAA